AAGCCUAUUAGGGUUUAUGUGGACUCUUUUCUCAUCUAAAAGGCUGAGAUAAAAACCCUAAUUUGCGGCAACAUUUCUUUCUUCCUUCAUUUCCUUCAUCUCCUUCUCCCGUUCUCCAAUUGUUCAGCCGCAGGAUGGCUCCCAAAAAAGGAGUUAAGGUUGCCGCAUCUAAGAAGAAGCCUGAAAAAGCUGUGAACCCUUUGUUCGAGAAGCGACCUAAGCAAUUUGGUAUUGGUGGUGCUCUUCCCCCAAAGAAAGACCUUACCAGGUUUGUCAAAUGGCCGCGGGUCGUCCAAAUACAGAGGAAGAGAAGAAUUCUGAAGCAGCGUUUGAAGGUUCCUCCAGCUAUCAAUCAAUUCACCAAGGCCCUUGACAAGAACUUGGCUUCCAACCUUUUUAAGUUGCUGCUCAAGUACAGACCCGAGGACAAAGCAGCCAAAAAGGAAAGGCUUUUGAAAGCUGCACAAGCUGAAGCUGAGGGUAAAAAGCCCGAGGCAAAGAAACCCGUUGUGGUCAAAUACGGUCUCAACCACAUUACUUAUCUUAUUGAGCAGGGUAAGGCACAGUUGGUUGUUAUUGCCCAUGAUGUCGACCCGAUUGAGCUUGUUGUUUGGCUUCCUGCCCUUUGCCGUAAGAUGGAAGUUCCUUACUGCAUUGUCAAGGGAAAAGCCCGUCUUGGAACGAUUGUUCACAAGAAAACCGCUGCAGCUCUAUGUUUGACAUCGGUAAAGAAUGAAGACAAGAUGGAAUUCAGCAGAAUUGUCGAGGCUGUCAAGGCGAACUUCAAUGACAAGUUCGAUGAGCAUAGGAAGAAGUGGGGAGGCGGUAUCAUGGGUUCCAAAUCUCAAGCGAAGAUGAAGGCAAGAGAGAAGGUGUUGGCCAAAGAGGCUGCCCAACGUAUGACUUAGGUGCUGAGAAAUUAUUUUGUUUUACAGAAUCCCUAGACAUUAUUAUGUUUAAGUCUUUUUUGGUAUGUAUUUUCACCUACAAUUUGACAGUUAAGAAAUGGAUAAUUUAGUUUCUUUGGAGUUCUUGUAUGA